AUGUCACACAUCGACCGAGACUUCGUCGACAUCUACUGGAUCAACUGCAAAAGAUCCACCAACGGCACUACCCACCGAAUGAUCGGUCUAUUCAACCCCGGUGCAGAUCGAGGCGCCUGGUAUCACUGCCAAGGAUGCCCCGGUGCACGCCAGCCUACCUAUCAGUAUGAAAAGAGACUCGACAGCUGGUCAUUCGAGAGCACGCAGCUAAUAUCUCGCAUUCCAACAAUAGUGGUCAAUCAAGUCUUACAGCAAGCCGAAGCCAUCCCACCUCAGAAUUGUGGCACCUGGGCCAUGUACUUGAUUUUCAGACUCGAGCGAGAGGGGUUAGUUCCUGCCGGGAAUUAUGAUAACUUGCAGAAGAGGUAUGGGUAUCUUCAUCGGGAUGAAGAUUUUGGUCCGGGUACUAUGAGCUCAACUCCCUGUGGUCGUCGGUCUCAACGAACUCCGAUGCCUCAGCAGAUUUGGGAGGAGGGGCAUCAUAAAUCUCAGGUUUCUUAUGAUUCCAAGGUAGAGAAGUGGCUUCGACAGAUUUAG